AUGGUACAAAUUGGAUAUUGCUACGUCAAGUUCAAAACUAAACAGAAACGUUUACGUACAGAUGAAAAGGUCAUUGUCGACACAACAUAUGGCAAAAUAAAAGGUGUUAAAUGGCGUUCACUCUACGGUCCCACUACAUAUUACAGCUUUGAGGGUAUACCAUUUGCCAAGCCUCCAGUGGGUGAGUUGCGUUUUAAAGCGCCCGUAGAACCGGAACCUUGGACGGGCAUUAAACGUUGUACACGUGUACGUGCCAAACCCUGUCAAUAUAAUAUUAUAAUUAAACAAGUUCAAGGUCGUGAAGAUUGUCUGUAUUUAAAUGUCUAUACAAAAAGGUUAAAGCCCACCAGACCAAUGCCAGUUUUGGUUUGGGUUUAUGGUGGUGGUUUUCAAAUGGGUGAAGCAUCUAGAGAUUUAUAUAGUCCGGAUUACAUCAUGAUGGAAAAUGUUGUUUUAGUAACAAUUGCUUACAGAUUGGGACCAUUAGGAUUCCUUAGUCUUGGUGACGAAGGCUGUGAUAUACCCGGUAAUGCGGGUUUAAAAGAUCAAGUUUUGGCCUUAAAAUGGAUCAAAAAGAAUUGUCAUUUCUUUGGCGGUGAUUCGGAAAAUAUUACCGUUUUUGGUGAAAGUGCCGGUGCUGCAUCAACACACUAUUUAACAUUGACCGAACAAACCAAAAACUUAUUUCAUAAAGCAGUUGCCAUGUCGGGCUGUGCCAUGGUACCAUGGGCUAAAAUACCUCACUUAGAUUGGGCAUAUCGUUUGGCCAAAGUUACCGGCUAUAAGGGAGAAAAUAAAGAUGCAGAUGUAUUGGCAUAUCUAAAGCAAUUAAAACCCGGUAUUAUGUUAAAAGCCUGUGAUGAUUUAUUAACCACCGAAGAGCGACAACAUAGCAGGUUGAAUUUUAGUUUUGGACCAUGCGUGGAACCGUACAAAACGGAACAUUGUGUUAUCGAUAGAGAACCGUUGGAAAUGUUAAGAAAUAAUUGGGGCAAUAAUAUACCUUUACUAAUAGGUGGCAAUUCAUUUGAGGGACUUUUAGCAUUUUCCGAAAUUAGAAAAUAUCCAUAUCUAUUAAAUGAAAUAGGUGAGGGUGAGAGUUUGCCACCACAGGACGCGAAUUUAACACCAGAAAAACGUUUGGAAUAUGGACGCAUGUUAAAGCAAAUGUAUUUUGGUGAUCAGCAAACAUCAUGUGAAGCCUUACUGCAAUACAGUGAUCUUAUUUCAUAUAAAUGUUUUUGGCAUGGCAUACAUCGUACACUGCUAGCACGACGUCAAUAUGCUACGGCGCCCACCUAUUUGUAUCGUUUUGAUUUUGAUUCGAAACAUUUCAAUUUAAUGCGCAUCAUCACGUGUGGUCGCAAAGUACGUGGUACCUGUCAUGCUGAUGAUCUAUCGUAUCUUUUCUACAAUGCGGGUGCAAAAAAACUGAAAUAUCGCACCGCUGAAUAUACAACAAUACGUCGAAUGGUCGCAAUAUUAGUGAAAUUUGCUGAAUGUGGCGAUCCCAAUAUACCGCUAACGGAUGCGGUCUGCUGGCCUUCAUUAAAUGGCUGUAUCAGUAAUGGCCAUCACAAACAAAAGCAAUACCAACAACAACAUCAUCAUCAGCCUCAGACUCACACUGAAAAGGAUGAUACUGUCAAACAAAUGCAAAAUGAUGGAAAUUCUAAUGGUGAUGAUGUUUCUCCCGUGAAUGGUCAUGAUGUUCAUAUUAAUGGAGAUGAUGAUGUGCAUGAUGAUGAUGAUGAUGAAAAAGUUAGUGAUUGUGCCAAUAAUGAUGGCAAUACAAAUUUGUUGUUGGAGCAACAGGAUGAACAACAACAAGUUCAUAAUCAUCAGCAGCAGCAACAACAACAUCAAUAUUGGCCACCGAUUACAUGUUGUGAUGACACAACAACAACAUUCAAAUGUUUAAAUAUUUCGGAUGAAUUGGAAGUGAUUGAUUUGCCAGAAGCUGAAAAAUUAAAACUCUGGGAUGCCAUGUAUGAAGAUAAAUCCUUAUUAUAUUAGGGACAUCAACAACUGUUAUAAAUAUUAAAUAAAAUAUCCUAUACAAACACACACAUAUAUCCAUUUGUCCCAUAUGUGUUUAAACAACAACAUUUUAUUUAAAAAAUUUUAUCAAAUUUCUAAUACCAAAAAAAAAAGCAAAUAUAUAACAAAAUUGUCGAUAUUACUAUAUAGAAUUUAAUAUAUACAUAUACAUAUUUAAACUUUUGAUAUAAUUUAGUUUUGUUAUUAAACCUAAAAACUGUUGUCAAGAAAAUAGGGUUUUAAAAAUUUUUCAUUAUAUUAAUAUUAUUAUUGUUCUUUGAAAGAACAUUGUUUUUUUGGAAUAAACAUUAUUAGUCUAAGAAUUCAAAGAAUUGUUCUUGUAGUUAGUAGUUUUAGACAUUUUUUUUUAUUACCUAAUAAAUAUUUUAUUUUUAAUAUACAAA